UUUAUAUUUUAUCAGUGAUUUGUAAAUAUAUGUUCAGGGAUAUUGUUAACAUGACUUUAAUUAUAGUCUGUAUUUAUACGCACGACUCACAUAUUCAGAUGAACUCGGACUUAGGUCUGCCAUUGAAUGCAACAAAUCUCAUGUCAUUAGCCAUCAAACUACCGGAAAAGCGACAAAUGAUUGCAAGAAUCGGCAAAUUUUUUCGUAAAGAAUAUUUG